UUUGGAGUAAAUUAAAGAACUAUAAAUGGAACAACAAGAUCAUCAGCAGCAGAAGAAAGAAGAAGAGGCUUUGCCUCCAGGUUUCAGGUUUCAUCCAACGGAUGAGGAGCUAAUCUCGUAUUACUUGGUUAAUAAGAUCGCUGAUCAAAACUUCACUGGAAAAGCAAUCGCCGAUGUUGAUCUCAACAAGUCCGAGCCUUGGGAGCUUCCUGAGAAGGCGAAAAUGGGAGGAAAAGAAUGGUAUUUUUUUAGCCUACGCGACCGAAAGUACCCGACGGGUGUGAGAACAAACCGAGCGACCAAUACAGGAUAUUGGAAAACCACAGGAAAAGACAAAGAGAUACUCAAUAGCACAACCUCAGAGUUGGUUGGAAUGAAGAAGACUUUGGUCUUCUACAGAGGAAGAGCUCCUCGUGGGGAGAAGACUAGUUGGGUCAUGCAUGAAUACCGACUUCACUCCAAGUCCUCCUAUAGGACCUCAAAGCAAGACGAGUGGGUAGUGUGUAGAGUGUUAAAGAAAACAGAGGCAACCAAGAAAUACACAAGCAAUUGUAGCAGCAGCACAAGUCAUCAUCACCAAAGCCACACAAGAGCCUCAAUACUAUCAACCAACAACAAUAAUCCUAAUUACUCAUCGGACCUCCUUCAACUCCCAGCACAUCUACAACCACACACAAGCCUCAAUAUCAACCAAACCAUCAUGGCUAACGCGGUUCACCUAGCCGAGCUCUCUAGAGUCUUUCGUGCUUCCACAAGCAGUACCAUGGACUCUGCUCAUCAGCAGCUAAUGAGCUACAGCCACAUGCCCGUCUCGGGGCUCAAUCUCAACCUUGGUGGUGGAUUGGUCCAGCCGGCUCCUCCUGCGGUGUCGCUUGAGGAUGUUGUCGCUGUUAGCGCUUCAUUCACUGGCCAAAAUGGGUUUGGAAAUGUGGAGAUGAGCCAGUGCAUGGACUUGUAUGGAUACUGGCCAUCUUAUUAAUUAGGAGCUAUCACUUUAAAGUAUGGCUUUUUCUAUUGUUGGUCUGAAUAAGAAAGUCAUACUAGUUUGUCAUACUUUUUGUUUUUGUUAUUGCAUUUGUUUUGCUGUUCAAAGGAAAGAAUUAAGAAUCCAAGACUAAUCACACCAAUUAUGUUCUGGCUUUUAUAACAAUUUCUUUUGCUUACAAAUAAAAUAAGAGUUGUAGAUUUCUCCUUUUUUCAUUUUAGUUACCACAAAGUCUCCGAAUACAGAAUUGGUACUAGUACCUGAUCUGGUACGUGAAGUUUGAGACAUUGCUCUCACCAUUUAGUACGGUUGAUAAUAUUCACACGAAAUAGUGUUGAGGUUCAUUAUAGUCAUAUGAAAAACAAGAAAAAAAGUAUAUAUCCAUACUUUCCAAGUUCAAAAUGUUACUUUUAACAAAAUUUGUUUUACUGGAACAAAUAAAUUUUGUUUAUAAAUGCAGACGCAACAGCAAAAUGAUAAAACGAGAGUGAUGGCUUUUGAAGAGUAGUUAGUACAGCAAGUGCCACAUGAAUUACAAAAUACACAAACCAAGCCUUUAAUUUACUACUGAGAUAUGUCUAACCUUCUCUGUAUAAAAAGACUGAAAACUUUAUCCAAAAGGCAUCUUGAAAAAGCGAGUAAAGAAACACUUUUGCACAGAGAGCUUCAACAAAA